GUUCCUUCUCUCUCCACAAAUUUCCCAUUCAAACAGACCUCUCCACCAGUAUAAUAAGAGAGAGAAGAGGGUGCAAAGUCUUUUGAUUGUGUUUUGGGCCAUGGAGAGGAUGGUGGUGGUGGGAGAAACGACGUCGUCGUCGUCGUCAUCAUCGUCUUAUGUGAGCUGGGAGGAGGUGUACGUGUCGAGCGAUAAAGGGAGGAGAGAGGUGCACUAUUAUCUUAAGAGAAGAGAUGAGGAGUCUGAUCUGGCGGUGAUUGGAAAAGAGAAGAGUUUAAGGCAUAUGUCUUAUCACUACGCUUUCAGUUUUGCAAAUGGGCUUAUUAACACUAACAACAGGCUCAAGUCCCGCAGAGAAGUCAUUGAUUGGCUCAACUCUGUCGUUUCAGAUUCACCGCCUCAAUAUCGAGAAUUGUCCCAUCCGUCCAGUGCCUUUUUGGAUGGUAAAGAUGUUUGCGAGAUGGAUAUUGAAACCUUGAAGGAUACUCAGUUAAAGAAGCUUGGCCACUAUACAAGAGAAUUUUUAUGGCUUGGUUCUCCUUGGACUUGCAGGAAAAAACGAAGGCAUUAUCAGUCUUUUCGCAGGAAUGGUGUUAAAAUCUCUGUUCAGGACUUUGUAUUUGUUUUAGCGGAGGAGGAUAAACGUCUUGUAGCUUACUUAGAAGACAUGUAUGAGGACUCUAGAGGCAACAAGAUGGUUGUGGUGCGAUGGUAUCAUAAAAUUGAUGAGGUUGGUAUUGUUUUGCCUCACAAUUUUAAUGACAGAGAGAUUUUCUUUUCUCUUUGUCUUCAAGAUCUCAGUAUUGAAUGUAUAGAUGGAUUGGCUGCCGUCCUCAGUCCCCAGCAUUUUGACAAAUUUCUUAAGGAGGCGAUGCAUACUCAGCUGGAGCCAUUUAUCUGCUACCAGCAGUUUGAUAACGAUGAUGUCAAGCCCUUUGACAUAACACAAGUUGAAGGUUAUUGGAAACAGGAAAUACUCCGAUAUAUGUACGCCCACUCUUUGUUGAAGGGUCAUGGGAACUCUCAGCAUUUUGAUGGCCUCAAAGUGGAAGAAAAUAUUAAUGAUGCUGUUGGCAUCAGACCUAAAAAGAGGCUUCACUGGUCAAAAGAUGAUGAUAUGCACUUGCAAUGGACUAACAGAGUAGAGCCAGCAGGUGCAACAUCUUUGGAUGUGCAAAAUAUUUGCAACAGUGGUAUUGAUAAAAAGUUUGGAGUUGAAAUCUGCAGUGUAAAAGGAGGAAGUUCUUCUGCCUUGUUAUCCACAAAAGAAGCAAAGCAGAAUCCUCUGCAGCAUUUGACUGUAGGUUCUCAGGUUGAAGUCCUCUCUCAAGACAGUGGCAUUAGGGGGUGUUGGUUUAGAGCUUUGAUCAUCAAGAAAUAUAAAGAUAAGGUGAAGGUGCAGUAUCAAGAUAUUCAAGAUGCUGCUGAUGAAUCCAAUAAACUUGAGGAAUGGAUUUUAGCAUCCAGGGUUGCAGCUCCCGACCAUUUAGGCCUCCGAAUUUCUGGGAGGACAACUGUUCGACCAUCCCAUCAGUCUAAUAAAUGCAAAGUUUCACGGGUUGUUGAGCUUGGUGCUGUUGUAGAUGUGUGGUGGCAUGAUGGGUGGUGGGAAGGCAUUGUGGUUCGGAAGGAAUCUGAAGAUAAGUUGCAUAUUUAUUUUCCAGGAGAAAAGCAUGAAUCAAUAUUCUGCUAUGGUGACUUAAGACAUUCUCAAGAGUGGUUGGGAGGCGUGUGGACGCAUUUUAAGGACAGGCCAGACCUUGUUAGCUCCAUAUUAUCUUGCUCAGAAAGAAAGCCAGUUGCAGAGAAAUCUUCUGAAGGCAAAUCAGCCCAAGCAACCAUUUGUGGUAGUAGACUGUCCAGGCAAGAUGAAACUGAGUCUAAUGAUUCUCGCUUGGACUCUGAAUAUGAUAAGGUAAAAUCGGUGGGGGUAGUUCCAGAUCUUUCAAAGGAUUUAUGUGCUCAGUUAAGGUGGAAGUCAUCACGGAAGAGAAGACGGGGUGGUGGAUUCUCUGGCCAGAAGCUGCGCAGCAGUGAUAAUGAUAGUAAAAGUACCUCUGAUGAGAGGUUUUUGAUUCCUUUGUCGAUGAAGGUGGUUGAUCACGAGAACUGCAAGUACAUUGGGGAUUCUCUUUUCAGUACUUCUGUUGUAUCCCCUCUAACAAGCUUGGUUAUGUCUAGGUGACUUCUCUUUUAUUGGAAUAGGUUAAGCUUCCCACUAUUUUUUAAUUUCCUCCUUCACAAAGUAUAUAUAUAUGCCCUGUUGUGCAGCAUCUAUUCGAUGCUUAAUCCUUCGUUGUUCACUUGGCAAUGUUGUCCUGGGAAGUUUUAUUUAAGUCAUAGGGUCCAAGUCGUCCCCUCUUAGUUUUCUGUAUUUAUAUGUAACAGUAGCCUGAAGCCCUGCAAAUUUCAGGCAGAAAUUUUGGGUGCAGUAGAAUAACCCGGUAGAGCUCUAACUUCUUUGGGCCAUAUUUUGUUUCCUUUCUUGGUGGGUAGGUCGGUGUAGGUGGGCUUCUACUCCAUGUAAUUUGUAUAAAAUUUCUAAUAAAUUUUUACUCUUCUUUUUGAA